AUGACAGAUAAUGAUAUCGACGUGAUAUCCAUGUUCUAAAUUCUGUUGAGAGGCUGUUCCGUUAUGUUGAGCAAUAUGGUCAGCAUAUACAGUGCCUUCGGAAAGUAUUCAGACCCCUUGACUCUUUCCCACAUUUUGUUAUGUUACAGCCUUAUUCUAAAAUGGAUUAAAUUAAUAAAAAUCCUCAGCAGUCUGUCUACACACAAUACACCAGAAUGAAAAAGCAAAAACUGUUUUUUAGAAUUUUUGCAAACGUAUUAAAACCCUUUGCUAUGAGACUCGAAAUUGAGCUCCGGUGCAUCCUGUUUCAAUUGAUCAUCCUUGAGAUGUUUCUACAACUUGAUUGGUGUCCACCUGUGGUAAAUUAAAUUGAUUGGACAUGAUUUGGAAAGGCACACAGAGAGACACCUGUCUAGAUAAGGUCCCACAGUUGACAGUACACGUCAGAGCAAAAAACAAGCCAUGAGGUCGAAAGGAAUUGUACGUAGAGCUCCGAGACAGGAUUGUGUCGAAGCACAGAUCUGGGGAAGGGUACCAAAAAAUUCCUGCAGCAUUGAAGGUCCCCAAGAACACAGUGGCCUCAAUCAUUCUUAAAUGGAAGCAGUUUGGAACCACCAAGACUCUUCCUAGAGUUGGCCGCCCAGCCAAACUGAGCAAUCGGGGGAGAAGGGCCUUGGUCAGGGAGGUGACCAAGAAUCCGAUGGUCCUCUAGAGUUCCUCUGAGGAGAUGGGAGUUCCUUCCAGAAGGACAACCAUCUCUGUAGCACCACCAAUCAGGCCUUUAUGGUAGAGUGACCAGACAGAAGCCACUCCUCAGUAAAAGGCACAUGACAGCCCACUUGGAGUUUGCCAAAAGGCACCUAAAUACUCUCAGUCCAUGAGAAACAAGAUUCUCUGGUCUGAUGAAACCAAGAUUCAACUCUUUGGCCUGAAUCCCAAGCUUCACGUCCGGAGGAAACCUGGCACCAUCCCUACGGUGAAGCAUGGUGGUGGCAGCAUCAUGCUGUGGGGAUGUUUUUCAGCGGCAGGAACUGAGAGACUAGUCAGGAAUGAGGGAAAGAUGAAUGGAGCAAAGUACAGAGAGAUCCUUGAUGAAAACCUGCUCAGGACCUCAGACAACGACCAUAAGCACACAGCCAAGACAACGCAGAAGUGGCUUCGGGACAAGUCUCUGAAUGUCCUUGAGUGGCCCAGCCAGAGCUCAGACUUGAACCUGAUCGAACAUCUCUGGAGAGACCUGAAAAUACAGUUGAAGUCGGAAGUUUACAUACAUUUAGGUUGGAGUCAUUAAAACUCGUUUUUCAAGCUCUCCACAAAUUUCUUGUUAACAAACUAUAGUUUUGGCAAGUCGGUUAGGACAUCUACUUUGUGCAUGACAAGUAAUUUUUCCAACAAUUGUUUACAGACAGAUUAUUUCACUUAUAAUUUACUGUAUCACAAUUCCAGUGGGUCAGAAGUUUACAUUCACUAAGUUGACUGUGCCUUUAAACAGCGAAAAGUGCAAAUCAAUCCCAGAACAACAGCAAAGGACCUUGUGAAGAUGCUGGAGGAAACGGGUACAAAAGUAUCUAUAUCCACAGUAAAACGAGUCCUAUAUCGACAUAACCUGAAAGGCCGCUCAGCAAGGCUACGGUUUGCAUCUGCACAUGGGGACAAAGAUCAUACUUUUUGGAGAAAUGUCCUCUGGUCUGAUGAAACAAAAAUAGAACAGUUUGGCCAUAAUGACCAUCGUUAUGUUUGGAGGAAAGGGGGGGGCUUGCGAACCGAAGAACACCAUCCCAACCGUGAAGCACGGGGGUGGCAGCAUCAUGCUGUGGGGGUGCUUUGCUGCAGGAGGGACUGUGCACUUCACAAAAUAGAUGGCAUCAUGAGGAAGGAAAAUUAUGUGGCUAUAUUGAAGCAACAUCUCAAGACAUCAGUCAGGAUGUUAAAGCUUGGUCGCAAUGGGUCUUCCAAACGGACAAUGACCCCAAGCAUACUUCCAGAGUUGUGGCAAAAUGGCUUAAGGACAACAAAGUCAAGGUAUUGGAGUGGCCGUCAAUAAGCCCUGACCUCAAUCCUAUAGAAAAUGUGUGGGCAGAACUGAAAAAGCGUGUGCGAGCAAGGAGGCCUACAAACCUGACUCAGUUACACCAGCUCUGUCAGGAGGAAUGGGCCAAAAUUCACCCAACUUAUUGUGGGAAGCUUGUGGAAGGCUACCCUAAACGUUUGACCCAAGUUAAACAAUUUAAAGACAAUGCUACCAAAUACUAAUUGAGUGUAUGUAAACUUCUGACCCACUGGGAAUGUGAUGAAAUAAAUAAAAGCUGAAAUAAAUCACUCUCUACUAUUAUUAUGACAUUUCAUAUUCUUAAAAUAAAGUGGUGAUCCUAACUGACCUAAAACAGGGAAUUUUUACUUGGAUUAAAUGUCAGGAAUUGUGAAAAACUGAGUUUAAAUGUAUUUGGCUAAGGUGUAUGUAAACUUCCGACUUCAACUGUAGCUGUGCAGUGACGUUCCCCAUCCACCUGACAGAGCUUGAGAGGAUCUGCAGAGAAGAAUGGGAGAAACUCCCUAAAUACAGGUGUGCCACGCUUGUAGAGUCAUACCCAAGAAGACUCAAGGCUGUAAGUACUGAGUAAAGGGUCUGAAUACUUAUGUAAUACUGUUUUUGCUUUGUCAUUAUGGGGUAUUGUGUGUAGAUUGAUGAGAAAAAUACAACAAAUUUAAUAAAUUUUAGAAUAAGGCUGUAACCUAACAAAAUGUGGAAAAAGUCAAGGGGUCUGAAUCAUUUUGAAGGCAGUGUAAGCUCAUGCUUUUCUUUUCUGUAUCGGGAGAUGGAGCUGAAAAAGUGGAAACUUAUGUUGACAUCAACAAGAAGGAGAUAAAAGAGUUGAUCAAGGGCCUGAAUGAGACUCGCAACCCUGAGAUGUGUAGUGGCUUUGUGGACUUGUUCCUUGUCCGAAAGCAGACCCCGGAGGUAUGGAGAGUUAACGCAGUAACUUUCAUCAGUGGCAUCACAUAUUGCCUAGGGGCCCUAGUUUCACUUUUAGUUUCAUAUUUCAGUUUCAGUUUUUAUAAUUAUUUCCGUUUACUAGCUAGUUUUAGUUUACUAUAAUAACCUUGGAGUUGUCAUCAUCAUGUGUGUUCUUUGAAUCAGCCAUGUGACUUCUAUAUGUUAUUUGUGGGUCUGUGUCUGUCAGGAUGCAGGCCCCAUGGACUCCUUCUACCACAACGAUAACCUCAUGUAUUCUGUGAUGAAUCUGUUUGCUGCUGGUACCGGCACCACAGAGACAACCCUUCGAUGGGCGCUGCUGCUCAUGACCCACAUACAGUGUAAGGACCAAUAGAUACAGCCAGAUACAGAUUGAUGAUCAUGCGUAACUACGACAAAUAACAUUUCUGUCACAUACAACAAAACACAUUUCUGUGUAGCUUUACCUAUGUUGUUCUGCUUUAGAAUUUCACAGACCUUCCUAGUUCUUGUUUGAAGGUCCCUUGAGGUUGAGGUUUAACUUUAUAGUAACUUUGGUCCUCCCUUCUUUCUGUCUCAGACCGGGUCCAGGAGGAGAUCAGCAGGGUUAUAGGAAGUCAUCAGCCCUUGGUAGAGGACAGGAAGAACCUGCCCUACACUGAUGCAGUGAUCCAUGAGACCGAGAGACUGGCCAACGUUGUACCCAUGUCCAUCACUUACACCACCAGCUGAGACGUCACCUUCCAGGGAUACUUAAUCAAAAAGGUUAGAUACCUGGUUUUCAUCAUACAUUUGCAUGUACAUUUCCAUGACUAUAAUGUAUUGGUUAUUGUAGAGACAAAUCUCUUACACUGAAACUGCACUGUCAUACUAGAAACACCAGAUAUCUGAUUUGAAUCUGUAAUGUUUAAAACAUUUAUACAAUUAGAGAUCAUUGAAUUGCUCUGUAAGUAAACCCAUCUUUUAGCAAGUGUUGUAAUGUUGAUGUCAAUCAUCUCUUAUACUCUGGAUUUGUCUCUAAUUCUAUUGGUUGUAAGGGUCGUCUGUGUUUCCUCUGCUGACCUCCGUCCUGCAGGACAAAAGCGAAUGGGAGAGCCCCCACACCUUUAACCCCGCCCACUUUCUGGAUGAGCAGGGGCGAUUCAUCAAGAGGGCCACCUUCAUGGCCUUUUCUGCAGGUAUUAAUAACUCCUUCAAUGUACCUUUGUAGCACGAGGCAGGAAGUAGUUCUAGAAUAAUCUAUUGGACAGACUUCAUGUUAUCUCCCAUCUCUUUCUCUCACAGGUCGUAGGGUGUGUCUGGGGGAGGGUCUGGCCAGGAUGGAGCUCUUCCUCUUCUUCACCUCCCUCCUGCAGCACUUUAGUUUCUCUCCUCCUCCUGGAGUAACAGAGGAUGAUCUGGACCUCACACCAUUACUGGGGUUCACCCUCAACCCUUCACCUCACCAGCUCUGUGCUGUGAGCUGGGUCUAAGGAGAGAGUUUGAGGAGUGAAUCUCGGCCCAAUGCACAUAAAGGACUCUGUAGCUCAGCUGGUAGAGCACGGCGCUUGUAACGCCAAGGUAGUGGGUUUGAUCCCCGGGACCACCCAUACACAAAAAUGUAUGCACGCAUGAUUGUAAGUCGCUUUGGAUAAAAGCGUCUGCUAAAUGGCAUAUUAUUAUUAUUAUAAUAAAUAUCGAUCAUGUGUAGUAGUUCACCUGUUGGGUGUUGAUGAAUGUUGACGAUUUUAACAUGUUGAAUCAUUAAGAAAUUAACAGAACAUUACAGCUGAUGAUCAGGUCAGAGGCAAUAUAGUGCUUUAACCGUUCAGCUGAUGAUCAGGUCAGAGGCAAUAUAGUGCUUUAACCGUUCAGCUGAUGAUCAGGUCAGAGGCAAUAUAGUGCUUUAACCGUUCAGCUGAUGAUCAGGUCAGAGGCAAUAUAGUGCUUUUAACCGUUCAUCUGCACAGCAUUUCUAUUGUGGUUGCUAGUUCUACUUCCUGUGAUGCCCUUAUUGGGGAUUACAAUAAUUAUAAGGAAAAACAAGACAUUUACUUUUAAGAAAAUGCCCCAUGGGGACAAAUAAAGUGUAUUAAAUGUAAUUGAAUGUUGAGAAUUCCUUGUCAUUGGACGACACCUCAGUAAUAUGGAUCUGCACUUGAUCAAGGGCCAUAGAGUGCUUGUCAUCAUUAUCAGGUUCAGUCAAAACUUUGCUGCAGUCCUUGGUGACCGCUAAAUUAAUAUCAGUAGAGUGGGCAUCACUGUUUGGCUCAAUCUCCGAGGUAGGGAUGUUGACAUCCUCCCUGGCCAGGAGGAGUUGGAUGGUGGCAGUUAAAUAUCUGCGCGCCAGGGGUUGCCAUUCGUUGGAGUCAGGGAGCUCUCCCUCUGGGCUUUUACAGAGGAAGCUUCCACCAUGUUUGCCAGUCUGUGGGGUGACAGUGACUGGAAUAUCUCCUGUGGUGGAGUCAAGGUCCUCUAUGAGUUGGUCCACCAUGAGGUGUUGGUAGGCCGAUGAGACCCCAUGGACAAUUGGUUCCCACUGGUCCCAUUGGUCAGAGGACUCUACUCCUGAGCCUCCAGUGUUGAAGCUUCCACUACUAAUAAGUGGGGAGGACGGGGAGCAGUCAUGGACCCAUUCAGUGUUGUAAGAUAGUGCAUACGCAUAUUUGUCACCAAUGAUCUUGUGCCAAUUUUGAUAGAGAUUUGAUUCUUUCAAAACCCUCAGCAUACUUCCUGUUGUCCCUUCUGAAAGAGACACCAUGGCAACACAGUAUAAGCAAACAAUUGAGUUUCACCUGUUUUUUUACGAAUGAAGUGUGGAAGUUAUUACUAUUCUAUCUCAGUGCUGCUGUAUGAGACAGCUUAUAUAGCAUUAGUAAGAACUCGAGGUCGAAAUGAAGUAAAACCAGUAGUUAACCAAAUACUAACUAGGCCUAAAUGGAUACAAUCAAAAUCCUCACCUGAUAGGGAAAUGUGAUGUGUGGCCCGGUGGACAAUAUUGAGCGUACCCACCGGAGUAAACAAGGAAGAUAAGCGCAGGAAACUCAGUAUAAAAUGUUGUGCUUUACUGUAAUGUUGACAUUACAAACAAUGCAUUAUAUUCUAUGGCAUGAGCCGCUGUGCUUUACUCUGCAUCAUUUGAAUGAACAUUCUAUGUUCCCAUGGAAAUCCAGCAUUAGUUGAUAGAACAUUCCAAAUUACAAUAUUCAAUUACUAGAGGGCCUAUGUCAUAAACCCUCAACAUUCCAGAAUGUGUUGAUAAUGGCAGCCAUAUUGGUCAGGGAGAAAUCCUACCAGUCUAAUUGGAAUAAAUGGCAGUAGAGGCAUAAUCCUGAUUUUACUUCUGCAGGAAAAUAACAUUAAGGCUUGAUAUAUCAGAAAAUGUGUAAUAGAAUUGUCAACCUGAAGUGUUGUCAUAUAAUUACAAAUACUGUUCAUACAGAUUUUAUAUCCAUUUUCUGUAUAAAUAGCCUUUAAAAUACAGUAUAUGUAAACAGACCAUAAAUGUAUUAUUGUUUUAUUGGAAUGCUUUGAGUGCUAUUAUAUGAUACAAUAUCAGUACUUGUUGCAUUUACAACUAGUCCAAUUCAUAUCAUCAACUGAUUUCACCCAUUGUAUGGCUGUGGAUUGACUGCAUUGUUUGAAUGGAAUUUCAUAUUGGCAGUUAAUUUGAAAAAUGUAUGGAAUUCUUCCACUAAAACUGGCUGGCUAGCUAGCUAACAAUAAUACAGAGCAGAUAAAUUAUUCAAAUUCAUUAUUUUACACACUAUCCUAUCCAGUGGCAAUUUUAGCAUGUCAAUCUUGGUGGGGCAAAAAAUAUAUGCAUGCCAGCAAAGCCACUACACAACACAACACUAAACAAUACAUUAAUUGCACUAUAAUGGUGACAAAUUGUGCCCACAAACUGUUCGAGUCCAAACAGCAGUCCCAACUCCUUACCACUGCUACACCUGGCUAUCAGCGGAGCCUUGUCUGGCAGCGAAACAGUUCAUUCAGCCUCAUUUACUACCUUUAAAAAAUAUAUAGCUGAUAUGGCUGACUUGCUUAAACAAAUGUGGUUCCUACUGACAAUUGAGAUGUACAAACUAUGGCAUAAGGGGACGACAAGCGGAUAAGAGGAAAUCCGUAAUUUCGAUUAAAACAUUAAUGAGCGAGCUAGGAUAGACGAAGUCAAUAUAACACUAUUGAAAUGUACAGCGACAGAAUUCUGAACAUGGGCCGUUCUUACAGUAUUCUCCCUGUACACCAAGUCAGAACCGUAGGAUAAAUAAAGGGCACAUAUAAGCAGACAAUGUAAGCUCUUACAAUAUUUAAUGAUUACAUUUCUCUAAAACAGGUUAUAGGCUACAUGUGCACCACCAAGUCAGAACAGUAGGCGAAAUUAAAGAGGGGAAAAUAGACCAAAUGAUUAGGGUGAGGCACAUGGGCUACUAACAGCUUACUACACAACAUACACUUAGUAUUACUUUCUUAGAUACAGUAUACAUAUCUCCCUGGCAUAUUACAUCAUUUAUGCAGCAGCAUACAAUACAUUUUUGGACUCACCUUGUUGUGCUGUGCUCACUUGAACAGGAAGGUGGCGCGGCGGUCCUUCCUGAACAAAUUUUGUCAUCAAACUUUGUCAUCAAAGUCUGGUGUUCUCUGGAUUUAUGGUGCUUUCAAGACAACUGGGAACUCUGAAAAAAAUAAGGUCGAAUCAUGAUGACGUCAGUGAUCUUCAGGUCGUAGCUCAAGAAAGAGGCCCGAAUUCCCGAUUUACAAUUCCGAGUUGGAUGACCGUUCAAAACGUAUUUUCCCAGUCGGAGCUCGUUUUUUCCCGAGUUCCCAGUUGUCUUGAACUCACUGAAAUCAGAUUUCCCAGUUCCAAGUUCAGUUGUUUUGAGCGCAGCAGAAAUCAUGCUUGAUUGACAGCAUGGCUAAUGCUGAAUGUUUAUCAUUUUAAACUUGGAAAAGAGACCCUUAAAUCCAGACUUGGGACCACACACCCACUCCACUGAAUAGCAGGCUAGUGAUUGCUUUGCAAUGCUUGCAGUUAGCCACUGAUUCCAUUGUUGAAUUUGCGAUUUCCAACUUGUUGUGUAAUGUUUAUGUCCAAUGGCCAAUGAGCAUCGAUACAUUUUAUCUAUAAUUUCUCUUUAUUAUUUCUCUUUAUAUCACUAGGAUUAAAAAGUAUUUGCCAGUAGAUUGUCGACUUGAUUCAUAAUGAUGACUUAAAAAAAAGAUAUAUACAAUUUCUAAUUACAAUACAAUAACAAAAAACCCUAGGACAUCACUACACGUAUAUUUUCUCUGAAGAAACAUAAAAUAACAUUAAAAUAAAAUAAAUGAAAUAAGGUCAGGGGUUAGAGUUGUACAAACCUAUGAUAGUUGUAAGAAUAUAGUGUUUUUUUCUGUUAUUGACUAAUUCUAGAGAUUUUAUUAAAUAUUGGAUUUCAAGUAAAAUAUAUAUUGCAUUUGGGGACAGAUUUCAAAUAUUUGUUUUUGUGUAUAUAACAUUUAUCAGAGUGAAUGAAAAAAUUAACGACUAAUUCAGUAGUUUGUUUUCAUUUGAAUAACAACAUAUUACAUCUUUCAUUGUAAAUACAUGGGUCUUAUUGAUGAAAUAAAAAAAUGUAAAUGCUUAACUCGCUCCAAAAUAACUUCACAGAGUCACACAUAAAAAAAAUUGUAUAAUAGUUUCCCCUUCUUUGUCACAAAAGGCAUAUGUCUUCUAAGUCCAUGAAUUUAGACAAGUUAUUGCAAGGGUAUAUUUUGUGCAAGAUUUUAAAGCGAAUUUCUUCCACCUUAUUUUAUAUACAAAAUGUGUGAGGGAGCAACCAAGCUUUCUUCCAUUCAAUUUCAGUAAUAUAUGCAUUUCAGAAGAAUUUCCCUCUAGAAGAGAUCUUGUUCUUGGAGUUAAAGUUAUCUUAUGAAUGUAUUAUUACAUUUCUUAUCCAGCAGGGGGCAACCUCCUAACAUAAAUUGUGCAUCUAGCUUGACAUGUUCUCCAAAACACAUACAUUUACAUUUACAUUUUAGUCAUUUAGCAGACGCUCUUAUCCAGAGCGACUUACAGUUAGCGCAUACAUUAUUUUAUCGAACCCACAACCCUGGCGUUGCAAACGCCAUGCUCUACCAACUGAGCUACAUCCCCUGCCGGCCAUUCCCUCCCCUACCCUGGACGACGCUGGGCCAAUUGUGCGCCGCCCCAUGGGUCUCCCGGUCGCAGCCGGCUACGACAGAGCCUGGAUACGAACCAGGAUCUCUAGUGGCACAGCUAGCACUGCGAUGCAGUGCCUUAGACCACUGCGCCACUCGGGAGGUUGAGACAGAUGAGAUUUCAUUAAUUGAGUAAUGCUUUGCAUAUAGAAUUACAUUCUUUAUAAUGUAUUGGGAAGUUAUAUGUUUCUAAGAACUUUCUAGAAGAGAGUAUAUUUCCUUCUUUAUCAAAUAAAUCAAGCACAAAUAUAAUAUUUAUUUCAAACCACUUAGGGAAGAACAAAUACUUGUUUUUAACAACAAUAUUGUUGUUGUUCCACAGAAGUGCCUUGUGUGGGGAGAAGUUGUGGACAUAACAUAGUUUCCAGGCUGAAAGGGCUUGUUCAUGAAAUUUUGACAGUUUGAUGGGUAAUUUUGCCAGAGAAUAGUUGCACUUCCACAAAAAUUGAAGAACACCCAAUUUCAUAAAAAUAUGACAGGGAAUGAAGUACCAUAUAGAUUCAGAGCUAAGCAUACAUAUUUUUUAUCCAGUUUACUUUAAAGGCAUUGUUGAAAUCUAGUACCCGAAGCCCACUAUCAGCUCUUUGGUUUGAUAUUACAGACUAAUUCAGUUUGCGUUGUUUAUUUUUCCAUAUAAAGUCUAGGAAAGUUUUGUUGAUAUCCUUGCUGGUUUGAUCAGCUACAAAUAGGGAUAGAGCAGGGUAGACAAAACGUGACAGACCCUCUGCUUUGGACAAUAAAACCCUUCCAAUAAUAUAGAGGUCACGCUGGAGCCAGUUAUUGUGGAUAUUGUUUCCUUUAAACUCUGAGAGAAAUUGAGAUGUUGACAGACAAUAUGGUUUUUCGCCAUGUGCACCCCUAAAUAUUUCAGAUUAUUUUUCACUGGAAUAUUCUCAACAGAUUGGUCAUUUGAGUUAUGCAGGGACAAUAUUUAGCAUUUAUUUAAGUUAAGUUCCAGACCAGAAGCAGAAGAGAAUGAUUUGAUCAUAUUAAGUGCAAUAACAACUUGAUCCUUGUCUUUUAGAAACAGAGCUGUAUCGUCUGCUAAUUAAGAUAUUUGUAUAUAUUUUCCAAAUAUUGAAAUACCUUUUAAUACAGGGUUGUUUAAAAUGCUAAUAGAUAGGAAUUCUACAACUAAAAGGGAUAAGAAAGCUGACAUAGGGCAACCCUGGUGUACACUACGGUGAAUAUUAAAUAUUUUAGAUGUGUUACGAUUAAUCAUAAUAGAACUACUAAUAUCUUUAUAAAACAUAUUGAUAACAGAGACAAAGCUAGUCCCGAAACCAAAAGUGUACAACGAACGUAUUAGGGACUAGUGUUCAAUUGUAUCAAAUGCUUUACAAAAGUCAAAGAAUAAAAUAAUAGCCUCGGAGUCAACUGAAUCAGCGUAAUCAAUCAAGUCUAAAACUAACCUAAUGUUACAGCUGAUAUGGCGACCUUUCUUGAAACCAGUUUGGGUUUCAUUAAUAAGGUGGUUUAGGCCCAUUUUAAGUCUAUUAGCAUAUGCUAAUCUUUUUGUAAUCUGUAAUCUGUAUUUAAUAAUGUAAUUAUAUAUGAAAAGGGGAUCUUUAUCAGGUUUUGGUAUUAAGGAAAUAACCCCUUGUUUCAUGGUAGUAAUCAUCUCAGCCUUAGCUAGGCAUUCUUGGAACAUGUUGAAUACUGGUCGCUCUAAAUGUUUCCAAAAGUGUAAAUAGAAUUCCACAGAAAGACCAUCUGUUCCAGGUGCUUUGCCCUUCUUCAUAGAUUUAAGAGCAUCUCUAAUCUCUACUAUAGAAAACUCCUCUUCACAUAUGGACUUGAACUCAUCAGAAAUAAUUGGAACAUGAGCAUGGAGUAAAAAGUACAUAAUUUUCUUUAGGAAUGUAGUGGAGUAAAACUAGUAAAAAAUAGAAAUAGUCAAGUACAGAUACCCAAAAGAUUACUUAAGUAGUACUUUAAAGUAUUUUUACUUAGGUACUUUACACCGCUGGCUAUGCUAAUAUCAGUAUUGCCCUGUAACUUUUAUGUGAAUUGGCUUCUCAUGACCAUUCCUUGAUCUUAGUCAGCUAAACUCAUAAUACUUGAUUGCACAUUUUAACUAUAAUAUGUAAUGGAGUCAGAUAGUCAGGUUUAUCAAAUGUAGAUUGUUAAAUAUGAUUUAGCCCUAGAGUAGACUCAGAUAUUAUAAACCAGUGGCAUGCCACAGUUGCCUGGGUGUGUAUGAGGACAUCAUAUUAGUCAUCGUACGUCAGCUUCACUGGUUUUUUCCAACAGACUAAUCAUACAUUUAAUACUCACCAUUGUUGCCUCUGAUUUCUUUGCAGCUCCUGGGUUUUGGCUCCUGGGCUCUGGGGCUGUAA